GUUGAUAGUCAACAGAAUGGAUUCCUUUUUGUGUCACUUGCUGUUUCUCGGCGCACAAGAGCAGAACACGCCAGAAGACUGACGGACAUUUAUGCCGCUGUGACAGGAAAACACACAGCAGCGAAUAACUUGGCGACAUUGAGUGAGUAUAUGUUGAAGAAAUACCAAGAAGACCAUGGUCCCAAACUCCCAAUACACCAAUUUGUUUUCUGGGCAAAUAAAAAUUUCUAUAUGACGCUUUCUGUAUUUUUGGGCCCAUCUUGGUGAGCGUGCUACACGUUCAAACGGUGCAAAUGGGUGAAACAAGAAACCUCAACUCCUCCUAUUUACCCGUUCACCUUGACAACGACACUUCAUCAGAGGAUGAGGAGAGCGAUAAUUCGACCCUGGACAAACGCUCCAUUCCUGAUGACCGCUACUGUUUGGUCUACAUCAUCUUCUUCCUGAUGGGCAUUGGCUCACUGCUGCCAUGGAACUUCUUCAUCACAGCCAAAAGCUACUGGCUUUAUAAAAUGAGUAACGGCACUGAGGAGCAACGAUCUGACUUCAGUGACUACUUUGAAAGUUACCUAACGUUUGCGUCUACGGUGCCCUCGGUGCUGUGUUUGAUUCUCAACUACAUCCUCGUCAACAGGCUGUCUCCAAAUGUGCGCAUCCUGUCAUCCCUCUUUGUCAUCCUGCUGGUGUUUGUUGUGACCACGGUGCUGGUGAAGGUGGACGUCUCCCAAUGCAAGUCAGAGUUCUUCGCAGGCACACUGGCCAGCGUGGCCGUCGUCAGCGGAGCUUCUAACAUCUUCUGUGGCAGCGUGUUUGGUAUCAGUGGUCACUUCCCCAUGAGGAUCUCUCAGGCUCUCAUAGCAGGUCAGGCCAUGGGAGGAACACUGAGCGCUGUAGCGUCUGUAGCAGACCUCGCCCUGGCGGAGGACGUGACAGACAGCGCCCUGGCCUACUUCCUGACUGCAGACAUCUUCAUCCUACUCUGCAUCUUUGCUUACCUGCUGCUGCCCAAACUGGCCUUUUCAAGACGCUACAUGGAGGCCGCCCCCUUAAACAAUCCAUCAGAGAGCAGCGACGCAGCAACAACAUUCCACAUCCCGCCAUUGAAGCCCAUCCUCAGAAAGACGUGGGUCCUCGGCCUGAGCGUCUUCAGCGUGUUCUGCGUGAGCAUCCUGGUGUUCCCUGCUGUGUCGUCCGGCGUCCAGUCCGUCAACAAGGACAGCGGGAGCCCCUGGACCACCACCUACUUUGUGCCCGUCACCUGUUUCCUGCUGUACAACGUAGCGGACUUCUGCGGCAGACAAGCCACAGCCUGGCUGCAAGUCCCUGGACCCACCAGCCGGGUUCUACCAGCUUUGGUGCUUUGCAGGUCAGCCUUGGUGCCACUCAUCAUCUUCUGUAACUACCAGCCCAGGGACCACCUCCACACUGUGCUCUUCACUCAUGAUGCGUACCCGGUGGUCUUUAACUGCCUGCUUGGGCUCUCCAACGGCUACUUGGGUACUCUGCCCAUGAUCUAUGGGCCAAAAGUGGUUCCCCGAGAGCAGGCAGAGGCCACAGGGGUUGUCAUGUCCUUCUUCCUCACCCUGGGACUCGCUGUUGGAUCCGCUCUGUCCCUCCUGAUUGUCCACGCCAUCUGAUGAGUUUGUCUUUCACAGAUCAGAGUCUUCCAACUCACUAAGAAUCCAUUCUAUAUUUUGGUAUAAAGAUUAUACUAAAACUUUUUCAAAGCGGUUUACAAGAGCUCCUUUUAG